AUGCCUGCUGCCGGCACUACAACUUCCAAGAAGCCACCGUCGAUGAGGGCAUUGACGGCCAGGAUGAAGGAGAUCCAAUUGUCCUUCAAUGACAUCUGGCGGUUUGUGCAGGUGUUUAAGGAAUCCCAUACCGCUACUGAUGUCGAUGUACGCCUGUGUAAGUUAGACGAGCUUUGGGAAGGUUUCAGUGAAACUUUGGUUGAAAUCUUUUCCCAUGACGACUACAAUGCUGAAGGGAACUCGUGGGAAAAGGAGCGUAUGGAGUUCAGUGACCGGUACUACGAGGUUAAGUCCUUCCUUAUGGACAAGGCCAAGGAGCUGCAGGAGCCGAAUCUGCUGGAGCAGUCCCUCCGAGCUGGUGAUUCGUCAAUGCGGGGCGGUAUCGAUCAUGUCCGCCUACCACAGAUUAAGCUGCAGACAUUUAACGGCGACAUAGACGAAUGGCUGAGUUUUCGGGACCUGUUUACCUCGCUCAUCCACUGGAAGCCGGAUCUUCCCGAAGUGGAGAAGUUCCACUACUUGAAGGGAUGCUUACAAGGAGAACCCAAGAGUCUGAUCGAUCCGCUUCAGAUUACUAAGGCCAACUAUCAGGUGGCAUGGGACUUGCUGUUGAAGCGAUACAACAACAGUAAGCAGCUGAAGAAACGGCAGGUGCAAGCCCUUUUCAACCUUCCCACCCUUCCUAAGGAAUCCGUUACCGAUCUGCACGUUCUCAUUGAAGGUUUUGAAAGAAUUGUGCAGACUCUUGACCAGAUCAUUCAGUCAGCCGACUAUAAAGAUCUUCUACUGGUCAACAUCCUCACUACACGAUUGGAUCCGGUCACUCGGAGGGGUUGGGAAGAGUUCUCAGCUAUGAAGGAGACAGAUACACUUGCAGAUCUGUUUGACUUCUUGCGGCGUAGACUCCAGGUUUUGGAUUGCUUGCCAACCAAGUCUGCUGACACUAGGGGUGCUCAGCAGCAGCAGCAAAUUCAUUCGAAGCAAAGGCUUCCACCAGUGAAGACAAGUUACAGUUCAACCCAUAUGUCUGGAGGACGCUGUGUAGCUUGUUCAUCAAAUCAUCCGCUUUACCAGUGCAGUGCAUUCCAGCGCAUGGAAGUUACGGAGAGGGACGGCCUUCUGAAAACUCAUUCCCUCUGCCGGAAUUGCUUCAGAACGGGACACCAAGCCAAAGAGUGCCAAUCCAAAUACUCUUGCCGGAGCUGCAAGGGUCGGCAUCAUACUCUUGUGUGCUUCAAGUCAGAAAGGGAUACGGAUAAGGACACGAAGGUUGCGGCAGUUGCUAGGGGCAACAAGCCUUCUGUUCCCACUGAAUCAUCAAAUACUUCAUCCCAAGUGGCUAACGUGGCAGCCACAGAAGUUUUGGUUGCUGGUGCGGCUCACCAGUAUGCAUCCCAGGUUCUUCUGGCUACAGCAGUCGUCGUGAUCGAGGACGACGAUGGCAAUCGGUUCCCGGCGCGUGCGCUGUUAGAUUCGGGAUCGGAAAGCAACUUCGUGACUGAGCGAUUAAGUCAGCGCAUGAAGGUAACUCGAAAUCGAGUGGAUAUUUCUGUCGUCGGAAUUGGACAAGCAGCUACCAAGGUCAAACACAGGAUACAAGCGGUUUUACGGUCCCGGGUUUCUCAAUACUCAAGAGAGUUGAGCUUCCUAGUCCUCCCAAAGGUAACGGUCAACCUUCCGACCACCACUAUUAACACCGAUAAGUGGGCAAUUCCGGACAAUAUCCAGUUGGCAGAUCCUGCAUUUUUCGAAUCUAAGGUGGUGGAUCUUGUACUCGGAAUCGAAGCGUUUUUCGAUUUCUUCGAAACCGGAAGGAGAAUUUUCCCUGGGGGAACAAUUACCGACUCUUAA